CUUACUAUAAAUAUAUCCAGUCGCGCGCACGCAUCGCUUUGUGACGGGUGUGUGAUCGGUACCGUCAAUAUGUCGAGUACGUUAAAGUGCAGUGUUUGUAACAUUGUGAUAGACGAGUUGCUCUCGUAUAUACAAAAUAAAAUAUCGGUGAUAGACGAAAUUACAUUAAUGAGAAUAUGUACAACGUCUUUCUCAAGCGAAGAAAUACAGAAAUCAAAAUCGCUGUUGUUUGAUUCUCUGUCAACGGAUGUACGUAAAAUAUCUAGAAAACGUAAAGGAAAGGAAGUUAGAGAUUUGGAAGACAUCAUUAGUCUUUUCAAAGUAACAGAUCCUGAUGCAAUUCCAAUAUUUGUGGCGAGGCAAUUAGAAAAAUUGCCGCCUAUUACAUUUGAUCAUCUUGAUUGUACGAAACUUCUCAAGGAUUUGCUGCUCGUAAAAGAGGAAAUUGAGCAAGUUAAGACGACAUAUGCUUCGGUCAAGCAGCUUGAAGACCUAAGAAACGAAGUUAUCGGAUUAAAAAACGACAGAAUAAUGUAUACCCCAGCACAAUACAUUAAUAACAAAAGUGGCGCAUGGAUUGAUAAUAAUGAAGCUAAUGCUAUUAAUGACUCAACGAUAGAAGUAAAUAGUGUGUGUGAUAAAUUACAAAAAGAGGAACUUGUUGCAAACAGUAAGUUGCAGAAUAAUUCCAAUUGUAGGUAUCCGAAAAUAAGCGACAAAGAAAUCGUGAACUGCGUUAACGAGGAGCCGAGUGUCGUAGUGACUCAUCGUGAUAUGCAAAAAUCGCCUCGGACGCCGCCGCCGCUCGCGCCGGUAACUGAGAACAAAACUAAACAACAAAAGGACGAUCAGCUGACUGUGUUGAUAACGAGUGCGCCCGUAUCACCUAAUGCAGCGGAAUCGGAAUGCGAGUCGCGAAAUAAUACUGAGUGGAGAACUAUAUCUUACAAGAAAAGAUCGAAUUAUAGGUAUGCAGGCAAAGCGGGAACUGCGCGUGACGUUCAAGGAAGUUUCAAGGCGGCUGAAAGGAAAGUUCCUAUUUUCAUUUCUAAUGUCCAUAAAGAUACGAUGGCUAAGGACAUAGUGUCUUACAUACAAAGUAAAACACAGGAUGUUGUAUCAUUAGAAAAGAUAAACACUAAGAAACAAAAAGAACACAACGCAUACAAGUUCUUUGUAUCAGAAAGUAAAUUAUCUUUAUUCUUAGAUGAAAAUAUAUGGCCUGAAGGCAUUAUAUUUAGGCGUUUCGUGCAUUUUAAAAGCAAAUAUGUAAGAGAUAUGUCAACAAAAACGGCCACAAAUCAAACAUAUAAUGCAUAGCACCUUUACGUUAACUAGUUUUAACUGUAAAAACGUUAAACGUUCCGUCGAUAACAUACGAGAAAUGUGCCGUUUUUCUGAUAUCAUUGCGCUUCAGGAGACGUGGCUGUUACCGGAUGAGAUCCAGUACCUGAGCACUAUUGACAGAAAAUUUAGUUCAACUGGUACUUCUGCCGUUGACACAGCAGCUGGCUUGCUGCGUGGCCGCCCGUACGGAGGUGUUGCGCUGUUAUGGCGCAGUGACGUGUUUCAAAACGUAUCUGUUAUACAGUGUAAUAAUCCGCGCGUGUGUGCCAUUAAAAUCGUUACAAACGACAGACCUAUUGUGGUAAUUAGUGUCUACAUGCCCACAGACUCGCCGGAUAACCUGUCGGACUUUACGGACUGUCUGGGUACGUUGGGACCAUCGGGGGAGAUGCUCAAUGCUGAGAAACCUGAAGGAAAGGUGGGCUUACGUUUUAGGGCCAAGGACGUGGAGAACGUGAUCAGACACAUGUCGCGAGGUAAGUCCCCUGGCCAUGAUGGUCUGAGCAUUGAGCACUUCAGUACGGUGGUGCUCAUAUUUCGCGAGUGUUAUCACUAUUCUGUAACCUAUGUAUGAGUCAUAGUUAUUUACCACCCGAUUUAAUAAAAACCAUAGUGAUACCAGUUGUUAAAAAUAAAUCUGGGGACAUGUCGGAUCUGGGCAACUAUAGGCCGAUAUCCUUGGCCACCAUUAUAGCUAAAGUACUUGAUAGAUUGCUUGAGAUACAGUUA